AUGGCGGAGGCCUGCAUUUCCAGAGCUGAGAGUAUUUCUGAAGAUUACAACCUAUCAUUAAGUCAGAUAUUUCUCUCAACUGGAUACCAGCUUUCAAGUGUCAUACACCAUUCAUUAAAUAGUGCAAUCCUAAGUGGGCCUGAUAGUUGGUACCUGUGGAGGGACUGCAAGCAAACCUGGGGCACUGGCGCAUGUGGUGAAGAAAGGAACUCAAAAGUUCAUACUAACCAAGUUUUGACCUAUUCCUGGAAGGCUAUAGCUUCCAGUGGCUUAUUCUUUGAACCCUGUGCACUCCAGUCUUCAAGUUCAACUGUUACAGUGAUACAAUUGGUCACAUCUGUGCUGGAGACAGCAGCUGCAUUGCGCCGCACAGUGGAGACUCUGAUGGGGAAAGGGGCUGUUGUAAGGAACCUGGAGAACUUGGGUGAGAAGACCCUUCCGUACAAGAUCUCCAAACACAAUCUCAGGCACACAAGAGGAGGAUACUUUUUGGUUGACUUCAGCGCUUCUCCUACCAUCAUUCCUAGUAUGUUGGACCAUUUAGAAAGAGAUGUUGAUGUGAUCCGACCCACCAUACUAAAGAAGCUACCCCAGAAGACACAAGAAGAAUGUUCUGGACUGGACCCUCCUGACCACAAGGGGAAAUCCUUCUCCAAGAGGAAAUGAGUUUACAGGGUCAUAUGUCCCUCUUUAUUCACAAUGAAAUAAAUUGUGACAAUUAAUAAAAAUAAAGAUGAAGUUGAGAGCUGUGUUUUGUUCCACCCCCCCCCCCUUCAGCUUUGUAUUAUGUCUAGUGGAAUUGGUUCACAGACUGAUAGGUGCGAGUAAUUUAUCUGUUUAUAUUCCACUGCAAGGCAAGAAAUGAGAUACUGAGACUUCAUGCUAGGAGUUUACAGUGCAGUGACAAACCACAGCAAGAGUGCAACAUUUCUUGAGGUACAGCAAUGCUUUUCCAUCAAGACUGGCUAUCAAAACACACUGCCUGCCAUUGAGGGGUGCCAAGCUAGUGAAUAUUUGACAGCAUUUGUCAUGGUUUAUUAUGGUUUGCCAUUAAAUAUUAUUUACCAUACCCCCCCCCCCCCACACUCUUCAAUUCAUUUGUAGUGCUUUGUGGACGAGUGUGGGUGGGUCAUGCACAGGAGCACCCCCAGAAAUAUUUCACAUGGUAUGCAAAAACUGAACCACACUGACCUCCCAUCUCAUGACGAUAACGACUGCAUCACCAUGCUGGAAAGUUUCAAAUUGCCUCACCAUUUCCCUUUCUAAAAAUGUAUAACCACAGCUCACUGCUGUCAAGACAGAACAGCAAUUACAAGUAGUCCACCGCAACAAUAAAAGGUACAAAUAAACCUAUUUAUGAAAUACAGACUGAGAAACUAUCAGCAUCAAUGGCUGCUGAGAAAAAAAAUUAACCUGUCUACUUACGCCAGAAUGUAAUAUGAGGUUCCCUGGCACUAGAAUCUAGCGACAUGGUGCCACAUUUGUACCCCUGAGCAUGUUUGAGGUGUUGAUACCAGUAUUUUAUUUUUUAUCCCCCCCCCUAAAUAUGUAUAUUUCAUCUUUCAGCUUGUGUUUAUAUUUUGGUAUAAUUAGAUAAUGGCUAAUGAAGUGAGCUGUACAGACACAUAUCACAUUUAUUUACAUAUAUAUUGGCUACAGCUUUCAUUAAAAUGUAUUUACAGAAUUCAAAAUAUACAUUUCAGUGUUUGCAAUAUUAGUCUCUACUGCAUUUUCCAACAACAGAUCCAAAUCAGAGUGGAAACAAUACAGUGUUACUAGGUUAUUAGACCGGAUUCGUUGGCUUAUCCUUUUAAAACUAAACCGGGAUGGUAGACGGUAGCUUUUUUACUGACACUGUUCUACAAGGGUUUUUUGUGCAGCACUAAUUGUUCAAGUGUUUUGAGGAUAUCCAUGGGCUGUUGGGAAAGCUCCAUGGAAGCCUAUGAAACAACUUAAAUAUCUUUGUAUAAGUCAUGUUAUUUGAACAGGCAGUCAUGUUUAUUUUAAGGUUGUCUAAUUAAACUAAACUACUUUUGUUAACUGCGACAAUUAUCUUAAGUCACAAUGGUUGUUGUUAAGUAUGUAAUACAUGUCCAUUGUGUGGGUGCACUGAGAACCCAUGCUUCAGGUACACUUUGAGGCAUCAAUCCAACUCUCAUCAAGCAGGAUCUUCUCACGGCAUAAGACCGUAAUUGCUUUAAUUCUUUAAACUGCUUUUUUAAAAUUUAUUUUUAUGCAUUAAUUCAAUUUCAGCUGUCAAAAAAAAAACACCUGGGGAGUUUGCACACCCAAGCAUUAAUGUUGUUCUUGGCUUGGUUGUGGGACAACUCCCACAGCCUUUGGUUCACCUAAGCUGUUGUGCGAAGCUGCGGUGGUGAAAAAAAUAGAUAAGAUCAUUGGACAGACAAAAAAAAAAAAAAAAGUCCUGCUAUCUUACAAGGGAACUCUGAGGACUAGUUCCAAAGUGUCAGCAAUGUUUAUUUAACAGUUAAACCCAGGUGCAGAAAAUCUUGCCAAUGGCACUGAAAGGGAUCAAUUCUGAAUAUGCAUUGUGAACUAUUUUUCUUAAGUAAUAAGUAAUAUCUUUUCUUCUGUGUAUCACCACUUUGGCCUUGUUUAGCAAGUAAAACAUUUAUAUUUAAAUGUAUGUUUAACCUGAGAAGCAAAAUUUUGGUAUUUAAAGGCCAAACAGAUAAUCAUGGCAUGCACAGCUAUGGGCAAAAGUUUUGCAUCACCUAGAAUUAAAAAG